CACGCACACAUAGAUACGUUUCAUAAUAUCACAUCAUCAGCAAGCAUGAUGAGGAGAAGAUUUGGGAUAGGAGGAGCUGCUGCUGCAAAAGAGACAGCCCCCAGCACCAUAAUUCAGUACGAGGAUUUCGAACCAAAAUCAGAAUGGAAAGAAGAAGAAGAGCUACCACAACCACAACAGCAGCAGCACAAGGCUCAGCUUUUGCUUCUCCAUCUUCCUGAAUUCAAGAAGGAGCAGCUCAAGGUGAUAUAUGUCCAAUCCACCAGAACCUUACGAGUCAGCGGCGAGCGCCCACUGUCCGACGACUCCGACACCAAGACGAGUCGUCGUCGUCGUUUCAACGUCACGUUCCCCGUCCCUCAGAACUGCGACGCCUUCAGGAUACAGGGCAAGUUCCAAGAUGGAGUCCUCAUCGUCACCAUUCCCCGACUACCAGAAACCCCCGCCACCACCGCCGCCGCCCCUCCUCCUCCUCCGCCUCAUCAUCAAGCUGCAGUUCUUAAUAAUGAAGACGCACCACCCCCUCCUCCUCCUCCACCACCCACAGCCACGCCAACGAAUGAAGAAAAUAACAACGAUGGCGGUAAGAAAAACAAUGAUGACAAAAAUGAGAGUGAUGACGUGGCGGCGGUCCCGCAGCAGACACCGGAGAAAGAAAUAACGGGCGAAGAACAAGGAAAAGAAAGAGGAGAUGAAGAUGAAGGGAAAGGAGGCGAUAGUACUCCAACGACCAAGGCAGCAGCAGUUGUUGAUAAUCUCCCACCAGUAAAAGAAGCUUCUUCUUCUUCUCUGGCCGCCGAGGCAGCAGCGGAGACGGCAAGGUUAAGUACUGCUGUCCACGACGACGAUGAUCAUCGUCGCCAGGGGGUAGCAGCAGCAUUAAUAACAAGCCGCGGAAGCAGCAAGAAGAGGAAAGAGUCGCCUGAGGAUCACGACGGUAAUGCCUUGUUGUCGGCUAUCAAGGAUGACGUCGUCAAGGAGAGAAUGAAGGAAGCUACGACGUCGUCGUCGGCGGCGGCCAAUAUUGCUGCUGCGAGAAAAAAAGCCAGAGGGUUGGGGAUUUUGGAGCGGGUUGACGAGUUUAUAAAAGACGAAGAUAACAGACAAACGAUGGUCAACGUUGGACUGGCGGUUAUAGCGGUUGUGGCAGUUGGGGCCUUCGUUGUCUAUCGUUAUAGAUCUUUGAGAGACUCCGCCUAGCUAAUUAAUCAUUCUCUCUUUCAUCAUCAACGUGACAAUUAACUUUCCUCCUCCUGUAAACAUAAACUAAAGAUGUCUAUUGUACGUGUUGCUGCAUGCAUGUGUGAAUAAUAUUGUACAAAAUGAUUUGGAUGCCUAACUAAUGAAUAAAAAUCAUAUACGCACGCUAGUUACGCUUUACGAUCAAAUGAAAGAACGUAACAGUCAUUUAUUAGAGGUAAUGGUUAAGGCAUACCAUCGCCAGUAGAUUACAUAAAUCACGAUUUACCAUGGUUUGCCGGUGAUAGCAUAUUAUUCAAAAGAAUGCUAAAAUGCUCGAUCAUAGGGGACAAUUAUACAAAAAAAGGUUCUUAGUUAUUUUUCCUCUUCCAAUCAACAAUUCCUCGAUAGUCGAUUCUCAUUCGGUUCACUUUACUAAAAUAGGUCUUAUCCUUUCUUAUAAAUAAUUAAUUCUUUACACAAAAGAAGUGAACUCAUCAUUCAUAAAAAAAAAUGUGAACAUUCUUUCAAAAAAAAAAGAAUAACAGGAAUAAUAAAUCGAGAGUUAUUUCUUUUCACAUCAUCAGACAAAAAAUUUAGUCUCACAAUUUAAGUAUGAUGUGGCAUCCUCGUCAUCAUCCUGUUGAUGUAACUACACUACAACAAAUUCGGCCUAUUAGGGCAAAAAUUAUAUUUUGUCAUUUUCUGUUUGUCACAAUAUGUACGAUGAUAUGACUAAAAUGAUAUAUGUCAUAUUUGGUUUGCCUAAUGUGACAAAAAUAAAAUUGGUCAGAAUAAGUCGUCAUUUAAACUGAGUAAUGUGACAAAUAUUUCGUGUCGCAAUUAAUUUUGUCAAAAUAGGCAUCCCAUAUCGGGAUGUAAAAGACUCAACAGUGACAAUUUCCUGUUGUCAGAAUAUUUCGUCAUUUAAAGUGAGUAAUGUGACAAAUAUUUUGUGUCAUAGUUAAGUUUGUCAAAAUAGGCUUCCCAUAUAGGGAUGUAAGAGACACAAAAGUGACAAAUUAUAUCGUCAGAGUAGCGUUUGUCAUAUUAUGUCUUCCUGAAUUGUUUAAAUGACAAAGUAUUAUGUUAUAAUAGAUAUCAAUAGUCCCA